CCGCCGCCGCCGGGUUCUCGUAUAUAAAACAAUCGCACACACUCCCAAAGUCGGUUCGUCUGAAACAUCAACUCGUAGGCCGCAACAGCCGAUUUACCACAACAGCCUAACAACCAACGGUGAUCGCCGCGACAGACCGUCAUUUGUGUGAGUAUAUAACAGUAGUAUAUUAUGACAUACCUAGGUAAUGAUAAAUUAUUAUAUUUGAUUUUGAAAACGAGACAAUUUUUUCAAAAACUUAUAAUUAUUUAUUAUUCGUGUGCUAUAAUCGGAAAAAAAAAAAUGCCCCAGUCAAAUCGAUUCCGAUUAUAAUAUUGCUGGGACCAUCAAUUAUUCAGGAUGUGUACAGGUAUACGCAGAAUUUGAAAAUUUUCCAUUUGUAAUACUGCAUUAUAGGAAAUAGUUUAAUUCCUGGACAUACACCCUGUUACAAGUAUGCCAAUCCCGGGUAUUUGGAAACUUUCGCCAGCCACAGAAAUCCGUAUUAGGUAUGGAUUAGGUAUUAGAUAUGUCCAUGUGUCGCGGACGGGAUUUUAUGAAUAAAACCGUAUUUAGAACCAAAUAAUACUCUUUUUCUUUUCCGACCCAGCGAACGGUGUUGGAUAGAGCGUAGCUUUUUGAAAAAACUUAUUGUGAAUGCACUUUGGCCCCGUGGGUUUUGGUCGGCCGCUAUAGCGAAAAAAAAAACCGAGUCCGCGGGGAAGUUAGGUUAAACAUAUUAAGGGUGUAUUCUAAAAUUGCAGGAUCAUUGCGGGUCGAACUGCAUAAUUAUAUUUCGAAUGUUAUUGAACAAAUCGAUGACGGUAAAACGACGUGUACAAUUCACGAUGGGAAAAAAAUUACAAUCAACUUUGUCAACUUUUUUAUUGAAUAACCGUUUUUUCAAAGGUUUUCAAUUAAGAGUUCGACAUACCGUCUUGUAUGGGUCAAAUUUAUAAUUUAGGUAGGUACCUAACUAAAUGACAUUUUACCGUCGUCCCUAUUACCCGCCGAUCGAGUUAAAAUUUCACACGCGUCUAAGUUCCAAUAAAUGUAAACAAUGUGACAACAAAAUUACCGCGAAAUUAAAAAAUUUAUUUCAAGAUUAAAAACUGUUAAAUAAAAAAAAAAAAUGUACCUAUCUAUUCGAUAUUAAAUUUAGUUAUAGCGUCUAAUCAAUACCUAAUAUUAUAUUAUGCACGACGUUUUACAAAAUGUGUACCUAUACGUCGUCAUGUCAUAAUAAUAAUAAUAAUUCACUGAAAGUUAUAUUUUUUUUAACAGUAUAUUGUUUUUUUUAACCUGCCUAAUCGCAUUCAUUCGAGCGAUUUAUAGAUAAAUUAAUUUUUGGAACUUAUAAUAUACAAUAACAUAUUAUAGAACAGUGUUUCCCCAACUUUUUUUUUACUCUACGCCCUCGUGGAUUUUCAAAAAUCUCAUCCCUCCCCUAUUAAUUAAAAACAUGAACCUAUUAAUUUUAAUUUUAAAUAUUAUAGUAAAUUUGCACAUUUUAUAUUUUGUUUUUACAAUUUCAUCAUUGCUAUAAACCCUCCCCCUCCAUGCGGUAUUUAAAUUCUUUCCCAGAAUUUCCUCCCCCCCCCGCUGAGAAACACUGAUAUAGAAUCUAAUAUUAUACCGAUAGUAUAUACGAGCAUUUGCGAGUUGUUUAUACGGCGGACAAAAAUCAAAAAUAUUAUACGAACGUUGAAUUAUAUAGCUAUAAGUAUUAUACCUAUCUAAUCCGUGUUCGCAAAUAUAAUCAAAUUAUCUUAUCUAUAUAAUAACCUUGGUCCCAGAAAAGGAGGGUUUAAGUCAACUGUUGCCCCUUUAUUUUCCGGUCUAAAUAACGAUCACGAGUGUACGUAUUCGCAUAUUUUAACACAUGUUAUACUGAAAAUUAAGUCUCGAGUCUCUAAACGCGGUGUUCUUUUAGUUUGACGAAAAAAGACAUAAGUCAUGUUAGUCAUUUAGCAAUUAUGCCGUUUAGCAAUUCUCAACAUUUAAUUUACUCGUAUUGUAUUCAAUACAAAAUUGAUUUCAGCCCGUCUUCCCGGGGACCGUAGAUUUUUAAUCGGAAUAAGUAACGGCGAAUUAGUUAACAAAUAUUCCACAAAAUUAGUUAAAUUAUAAUAAUAUAUUAUUAUGUUUGUUUACCAAAUCAUUAACUAUUCCACUGUUGAUUCCAAUAUACUCGUACAUGGGUAUCUAUCUAUAUUGUAAUCCCGAUAGUAUAAUAUUUUGAUUUUGAAUAUUUGCCUACCUAUAUCUACUUUACCCAAUUGAAUUGUAUCUAUGUUUUUACUAUGAAAUGUAUUGUAACAUAAUAGCUCAAGGGGAUGUUUGUCGAUAACAUAAAUAUAUACAAUACAUUUUUAGCAACUGAUCGUAAACAUUUAUUGAAUAAAACGAUACGUAUACAUUAUUUUCGUUCACUUUUCCGUAAUAUAGGCCAUUUGACACUUAAAAUUCCGUUUCCGAGCGUGUAAUUAUUAUAGGUAUAGACGAAUUAUUAUAAUAUAACGUUAAAACGAUAAAAUAAAAUGGACAAAAAACAAAUAAUAAUAUUGAACCUAUAUUCGUUUUCGAAAUAAAAAUAUUGUCAAAAAUAUCGAUGUUGAUUAUUUUCCAUUAUUCGUUUUUUUUUUUUUUUAUCCAAAACAAUGUUAUUUCACUCGUUAUCCGAAAUUCAAUAAAAACUCGAAAUCGAAUAAAUUGUAGGUACUUAUGUAUUUUACGUCUGAAGGUUUUUCAUUAAUUAUUAAUGUAUAGUAUUGGUUUUUUUUCAUUCUUCGAGUCGUUAUGUUAUGAAAAUACAGAAGGGCGUAGUUAUAAUAUCGCAUUAUAUAAUAUAUCAAUUAAAUGCGCAUUAUUGUUAAACGUGUUUUGGGCGUAUUACCAUUUUAAAAUUCAAUAAUUAUUGUUAAUACUUCACAACCAUUAAUUACUGUGCGGGUACACGGUUUUAUUUGAAAUAUUAUUGUAUUUAUAGCUAAUCCAUGUGUACUCACGACAAUAUGUUAAAUAACACAAUGUUUUUAAUUUCCCGUUAGGGAAUUCACCUGCGAUUAUACCGUCUUGUAAUUAUUGACGAUUGAUAAACAGUACGCUCGAUUAUUAUUCGUUUACGCGACAAUUUUGGAUUGUAAACAAAUUCAAAAUUAACCACGAAUCGCGUUGGUUUUAAACCCUGUCCGUGAAAACGGACAUAAUACUUUUCCAAAAUCUCGCCAUCGUCAUGCAGAAGCGAACGUUUCACAAAAUGUACUUGAUUCGUGACAUCAGACUGCACUAUCCUAAAAUGCACUAAUCUAUAUUAUUAGAAGCGACAGUCAACAUUCGUGUUUCAACAAAACGUAAAAAUAACGUCUUUUCGGCAAUAUUUUUCAUUCAAUUUUCGUCACGUCUCUCUCGUUGGGCUUAUGGUGAGAUGUCUAUAUUAUAUUAGGUACUUAAAUAGUUUUAUAAAAUUAACGGCGUGAAGGAAAUGUUUGGUUAUAUAGGUUAUGAUAGUUAUAGGUAUGGUCUACUCUAAUAUGUUAUGGAAACGUGACAGUCGGUGGCUAUAAGGAAAACAAAUUCCUGUAGGGGGUUUUCGGGGGAGCUUCGUAAAUACAAAUAUUAAACAUUUUGAACACACCCACCCCUCACAAUAUGUACGUGCCUAAUAUCUGUAUUUGAAUCAGUCGAGUGAAAGAUAAUAUCACAAUUGUCGAAAUAACCGCACGCUAACUAAAAUCCAUAGCUCCAUUAACCCGUUCAAAAAAUUGUUUGUUAUUUGUUUUUUUUUUAUUUUCAAAAAUUGUUUAUGCGUCGGCCAUCACCAAUUAUGUUCGCCGCGCCGUCCGCUGGACUUUAUACCGAGUAAACGAUAAUAACGAUCGAGUUUUAUUUCGUGCGAUUGAAUGCCGCGCUUGGUGUAAUGGUAUUGCGAAUUUUCCCAAAGAUGUUAUGGCGACGCGACACACAUUCGCGAUCUAGACCAAGGAUCUUCUACAAUAAAUAAUGCUAUGCCUACAAACGUUUGUACGAAACGGAGCGUGCGCACGUUUGCGUGUACCUACAAAAAAUUAUAAUAGGUACGCGCGGGUGGUGCAGUAUGCGGUCACGAACCGCGAACAAAAAAAAUAUAUGCCGUUUCCGCUUCAAUAGUAGGUAAUUAUUAUUAUUGUCGUCAACGGAAACGAAAUCUCACCGGCAUACGGCGAGCUGUGACAAUUCACGAUGAGAAAUACAGAAAAAAAAAAAAUAAUAAUAAAAAAAAAUGUCUCCGCAUGCAUUUGGCCAAAAAAUAAAAAUAAAUGAAAGUCUGUGAAACAUAUUAUAAAAACAAUAGCCCGCUUUGUACACUAUGAGAGUCAAAGAAAAAAAACGAGGCGAGAAUUGAAAUGACAAAAUAUUAUCAAUGACUUUUCGACGUCACUAUGGGUAAAUCAUUUAAAGAGUGUCCAAAAGAGCUUUUCCCCCCUUCACAUUGGCCUAAAUCUUCAUUUGAACGAUAUACAUGUAAUUGAUGCCGUGUAGAAUAUUAAAAAAAGGACUUAUUAACAUUAUUUCGUACAAUUUAAUUUUUUUUCAAAGUUGGCCCAUACAGUUCAUAAUGUUCAUAUUAUUAUCUACACAGCUGGUUUAUAAACACCCCUUGGAUUUCUAAAUACGACCUAUUCCCCUAAAACAAAUUCUAGCUCAACCUAUUGACGGUUGGCCCAAUAUAACAGUGAACGGGUGAUUCUUUAAGUAUAUUUGAUUUUCGCCCUCCCCCCCCCUAGAUCAUUUCAGAUUUGUUUAUAACCUUUAUUUUAACGCUAUUUACAAAGUUUUAUCUCUAUUCCUUAUGUCUUGAAUGAGUAUUAAUGUUUCGUUUUCAAAUGUCAACCCACCCUUCCAUUUGAACACGGAUUCGUAUAAACAAUUUAUUUUUCCCAACAAAUUUGAUACGCACUACACUAAUCUAUUCAAUUUACCGUGAACGAACCGUACAGAAUAUAACAGUUUAGAAUAUUUAGACCGGUGACGUAUAGGAAAGGAUAAUAAAUUUAUCGCAAAUCGUAAUAAUGGUAAUCGCCGUGUAUAUUAUUAUGACGGUUGAUAUCAAGUAGAAAUAAUUCGUUUUGUAGCGAGGACGCUGCGGUCCGGCCGAAAACCAUUUUCGGCGGGAAAAACGAAAUGCGACACGAUUUCUAUACCCAGCCCCGUGAAGCCCAAUAAUUGUAUUGAUUUACGCGGCGAUUCGUCUCGGACUACGCCCGCGGAUUUUUGCCGCCCCGGUUUACAUUGACGAGGUCGGGUCGGAUAUCGGGUCGGCGCGGUAAAACGACAUCCGGCCACGACACCGCGACGAAUCCUUCGGAACGACGACGCGCGGCCGCGCUGAUUACGGGUACCGGAAAUCGCGUAUUUAGUGCCGUAAAAAAAAUUUCAAAAAACCCACGGUGGCCGCCACGCCUGAAAUUCAGCCGGGACCGGAACGAAGUACGUUUUGUUUUCGGCGAUUUAACAGUAAAACAUUUCUGUACCGGCGGUGUAAACGAAGUAUCUACUUAAAAAGGAUCACCGGGUCCCUCUAAAAUCGUAUUACGCUCGACAUCCGUUUUUAUUAUUCAGUUAUAAUUACUAAGUGCCCCUUUCUUAAGUCUUCGAAGUCCGGAGGACGUUUCAGUUUUUUUCUCUCUCGGCCUAAUACCUUCCUGCAGUUAGGUUCUGCGGGCUCUGAUUGUCAAUAUUUUUAUUGUGCACACCUAUGCGUGGGGUGCAGUAUAUUUUCAAACCAUUUUAGUAUAACAUGUUUACGAACAAAUGAUUCGUACCAGAGACAAACGUUUUGGAUGUGUCUUGUUUCCUGAAAGUUUAGUUUGGUUUAGUAAAAGUUCCCGCGAACGGCCCUCAAUUUUCGGUAAAUACAGUCCCACCAUCGAAGACGUUUCCCGCUUUAAUCACCCGGCCGAAACGCAUCAUAACAGUAAUAAUAAUAAUAACAAUAACGAUAAUAUUAAUAUUAAAUUUCAAAAUACGCACGUAGCUAUACCGGAUUAUAAUAGGCGCGAGCCUGUAGGCGUAAUCGCGAGCCCGGUGAAACUUUUCCCGGGCCGUUCGUGUUUCGAUCGUUUCCCCAACCGUUGUGACGACGCGACGACAACGGCGUGACAUUAACCUUGCGUUUCGUAACGAUUAUGUUUCGUUGUUAAUGUUUUUUUUAUAAUAUUAUUAUCAUAAUAACUAUACGCCGACGUUUCGCGCCGUAUGACGUAUAUUAUAACACUAUCAUGGUACCUAUAGAACGCAGACGUGUCGUGCAUGUACUGUCAAGGUCCGUUCGUGGUGUCGUUUUGCCGUUUGGAUCCGAUCUCGCCGUUUUGUUAUUACGCCACACGCGGCGCGUAAUGAGACAACACAGUAUCGGUAAACCGUUUUCGACCGAAAAUGAUCGCGCGCCACCAUAACUGAUAAUAAAAUAACAGAUUGGAUAUCCCCAAAUUAGUUUCAUUGGGGAGGGGGGGGGGAGAGUUUCUUUACGAAGGUUGUGUUACAAAAAAAAAUGUUCGCAUUAUUGAUUAUCUACGCCUGUUAUUAGUAGUUAUAAUUUCUUUGAAAUAUAUUUGAUAAGUAGGUAGGUAACCCACACAUUUCUUAACAUUAAAGAUUUUGUUCAUUUUUGUCUACGCACUUCACAUUGUAACUAAUUAAUCAAUAACAAAUAACAAUAUCGUAAAUAUCGACCCUUUUUAACCUUAGAAACUUAUCAUUACGUUUCCAAUUGAUGGGGUUUCAUGUCCUAUUUUGUUGUCCACGCGCACCACACGGUCGUCGCCGUGCGCGAUCCGCCGCUGGAUCGAACGACACAAUGUUAUUAUAACGUUAUUGAGAUGACGGCUAUCGCAACACAACAUUAGGCUUCCUUUAAAGGGGUUGGGCAUUUUUAACGAAAUUUCGGGGAAAACGACAAUUUAUUAACUACGAAAAUAUUCGAAUUCGCUUUCAAAUAAAUGCAAACAGUAUAAAAGUAGCGCGUGUUAUCAUCACAAGUACUUAUACGUCAUUCGUCGUGUAAUCGUGAAAUAAUAACUGAAACGUUUGCGAUAAAACCAUUUUGUUUGCGUGAAAACUUUAUUUUCCGUAUAUAUUUACAAAUAUAUGUACAGAAAAGAAAUAUAGAAUGUCAGUUAAUCGUCUAUUCGGGUUAACCGUCAUGGUGCCGGUCCCAGACAGGGUCGGAGUUAGGGGUGCGUGGAACGAGGUGACACCCCCUCCCCCCCAAACUCAUUAAUUACAUUUGUGAGGUGGCAAUUAUUUAACGAUAUAAUUCGUAAAAAAAAAUUGUGAGAAAAAUUAAUUUGUUUUAUAGUCGACAAUUAUAAAAAAGUAUUCCGAGUAUUCGGAAAUAGUAGUUCAAAGUAGUUGUAAUUGUUUGUAGUCGUAGUAGUUGUGUUGCGCAUCACAGAGUGUGUGAUAUGCUGACAGUAUGCGAAUUUUGGUUAUUUUGUUAUAAAUAUGGUGCAAGAAAGUUGUCCCUGCACAAAACAGUUGUUGUUACCGUACGUGUUAUUAUAUUAUAUAAUAGUAGCAAAUACUCGCAGUGGUAUGAGACAGCGCGGAAAUUUAAAUAAUGUUUCUGAGUGGAUCGUAUUUUAUUUCCCCUCCCCCCUUCUUCACACCCGAAAUGUCUUUGUAAUGUACUAACGUCGUCGGGAAGACACGUCAUACACGCAACAGUCGGACUCGGUCUACAAAAAUUGAAAAACCAAAUAUUAUAAUACAAUAAUAUCGCGGGGUUGUGCCGUCACGCGAAACCAGAAAACAGCGUGUGAAAAAAAAAAUAAAAAAAUAACCGCGGUAAAACGUUACGAUUUCGUAAUUUUUUAUUAUUUUCGCGGGAGACGCGGUUGUUUUUUUUCUUUGCCGCGACGGCGGCGAAAAAAACGGUAAAACCGUAGGAGUUUACGACGAUCGUCGAACCGCAGAAAUACAGCGGUGGCGAGACAAUACCAAUAAAAUACAUACCUACCUGAUAAUAAUGUAAAACAAUUUCACUAAUUUAAAUGUGAAACUGAAACCUUGAAAGGAGUUGCGCAACCGCGGCAACCGGCGGUCGUCGGUCCUUGAAAGUGGACGUGAUUCGAUUUUAUCUCCUGGAAGUGAAAGCGCGCACAUUCGAAUGCUAUAAAAUAUUAAGUGUACGCCGGUGCAAUAUAAUAAUGUACACACGCGCCACACGGGUAUUAUUGCGUUCUCAUCGUGCGCGCGAGAUUUUCCCGUUCGCGCUGUACGGUGUGGUGGGCAGGGUAUUCCCGAAACGGCACGGACGUUCUCUUUGACGUCCGUGCGAUACGACAAACAUACCGAGUCAUCUUUUUUCGGUCGGGCGCAGCGGCGAGACGGCUACGUUUCACUCGUGAAUUAUGUAUCCCACAUUAUACGAUUAUUAUAUAUAUAUAUACAUUAUACAGAGUGAUUGUGUUAUAAGUAUUACGGGUACGAAGGUUUUGUGUAGACAGUAAAUUUGAUUUCGGUGUUUACCGUUCCAUUCCACAAUAUUUGUCUAUACGCGUUAAAGUAAUACCGGCACUAAUAGACACGGAUAUGAAAAAAACUGAAACUAUGCAUAACAUUAUCUUCUUCUUCUUCUUCUACUGCCGUAGUUACUCUCCGUCAACUGACUGCCAUUACGAUACCACGUUACCUAUAUCUGUCGUGUACCACUUCCUUCCAGUUUACUAUCCUCAAUGCUCUCGAAUUGUCUUCUACGCCAUCGGCUAUCCAGCUUUUUCCAGUCCUGCAACGUGACCUCUUCUCUUAGUCUACCAAUUUUAAGACUACUCUUAGUAUUUCAUUUUAUGUUCGACGCAUAUAAUCUAACCACUAAAUUCCUUGGUUCUUGAUAAAGCUUGUUUGCUGUAGCUAUCUUUCAUACCAACCGAUUUCGUCAUUUUCCUGUGGCUACAUCAGGUAAAGGUUUACAUAUUUUCCCCCGAACUUUGUUUUCAAAAGUCUUCAAAUUCCUCUUCACCGUGCUCAUCUUUGUCCAAGCUUCACAUCCAUAAGUUAAAAUUGCCCUUACUAUUAUGCAUAUACAGUACGGUGAUCUUUUAUAAAUGAUAAAAAAAAGUUAGAUAGUUUAGGUCAAGUAUCUCUCUGAAUUUGUUCAUCAAUAUAAUAAAGUGAUUUUGUUAAAAUUUGGUGAUGAUGGUUUUACCCUUUGGCAGCAUGUGAAAGGGUUGAACAAUGAUCAAAAUAUAACAGUUUGACCAUUCUUCGAAUUUAAUUAAUAAUGCAAUUCAAUACAUUUACUUAGAAAUGUAUCAGACCUUAAACAUCAUCGAAUCAAAAAAAUCAUUGAGAAAAUGUCUCUUAAAUUUUAUAUUUACUUAUAGGUAUUAUACUGAUUUUUUCAGAAAAUUAUAAAUUUACGAGAAACUUUCUCAAGAAAUUAUUUUUUAUGAAUAAUUAAAGAACUAUUAACACCAAAUUUCACUAAAAUUACUCUCCUAUAUUGACGAACAAAUUAAGGGAGAUGCUCGAUCUAAACUAUCCAAUUUUUUUUCCUUCAUUUAUAAAUUAAAGACCAACCUAAUGUACAGUAGCGUAUCGAUAGGGUGGCAUGACGUGCAAUGAGCCACGGACGGUGAAUAAAUAAUAGAUGAUGACCAUUGUAACAUGAGUAUACGGACACGUGGAUCUAAACUGUGUAAAUUGGCCCCAAACUUGAAUUGACCCCCCGGAACUAGCAAUUAUUGAUGAAAGGGUGUACACACACAAAUCGUACAAAUCUUUUACUGAUGACCUUUCUUUUUUUUUUCUUAUUGGCCAAAUUAAGCAUAACAUUUAUUUAUUUAUUUAUUUUUUGACGUGGUGGUCUUGGUUUUGGGCACUAACGUAAUAGCUAUAAUAUUUUGCUACGGGAAUUAGAAUUUUUAGUUACGCCACUGCUAAUGUACAGUCUACUUUUAGUUCUACAACAUUUUAGUGUGCUACCUUUAUUAAUAUACAUUGUAUUCCUUUUUCGAAUGUGAAUUUGAAAACGCAAUUUGUUAUCUGUAAAAAAAACAAUAGUUCAUUAUUUACGGAAUAAGAUUGACAUUUUCAAAAUAUUGUUAGUAAGAUUAUAUUGCAUUACUAAACGAUUAUAGGGGCAGGUCCAAUAUAUGACCUACUGAUAAUUUUCUGUAGCAAUAUAUGUGACUUACACCGUAUAAAAUUAUUUUUUAGUGAUAAAUAAGCGUAUAUUAAACCUAUUCAAAUAUUGUUUUGCUUUUAUGCUGUUACGCUGUUUCGCUGUUUUUUUAGUAUUCUACCAAAUUUUUCAAUUUUUAUGUAUAUGUUUUGGUCUUCGUUUUUUUAGUAAUAACAAUAAAUUACGUUCUUGUAAAAAUCGAACACUCGAAAACUCGUCAUUAAUAAUGUCUAUAUAGAUUUUAAAUAUGAUUUUAUGAUACAUUUUAAUAAAUCAUAUGAAAUAGGAAAAACGCACCAAUAUUCAUGUAAGGCCCACAUUUAUGAUAAAAUCAAGCUAAUAUGAGUAUAUUAGGGAAGAAAGAAGAAAGGGGAAAUAAUUGCCACCUACUACAUAUACUAUACCAACAAAACUUUAUAUGGAAGAUUAAAUUUUACGGUACCUAAGUCACAUAUUGGACACAAUUUUAUAAUACGUCAAAGAAAAAAAUGUAGCUGUAUUAUUUGCAUAUAUAUAUAUGCAUAAAUUAUAAAUAUAUUAUACUUUUCAUGGCAGUAUAACAGUGCGUUCGUAGUCGAUAACCUUUCAACAUUUGGAAACGAGACAUAAUCGUAAUACUAAUGAUCGGGAAAGUGCAACGCGGGUCAUCACGAUCCAAAUAUGCGACGAUUGGCCGACAUUCAGAACCGCAUGUGACGUGGAGAGGGGAGGAGGAGUGAAAUUAUAGCAAAAAUAAUUAUAUUUUCAAAAUGUCUCCUUAAAAAAAAAAAAAAAAAAUUUGCACAAAAACACUUUGUCAAUAGAAAACUAUUAAAUAGAAAACUGAUUUUCAUUAUUAUUAACAUAAAUAAAUCAAUAAAUAAUACCUAUAUCAUUUCGCAUUUAAAAAUGUUACUUUACUUCGGUAAAAGUGCAAAUAAAAUCGAAUAUUGUUGAAAAAAAAAUCCACAUCUUAAGUAGAGAUCUUUCGUCCCAUCCUCUCAUUUAUCUAUACAUACCGGAGGGAAUCCUUCAACGAAUUGUUCAAAAUAUUUAACAAUCCCUUCUUUAAAGGUUACAUGGAAAUACAGUUUUAUUGAUGUUCAUUCUUUUUACAUUAAUUAUUUUCAUUAUUUUUCGAUUUUACACCCAUUAUUUGUAUGGCUUUGAAAAACGGUAACAAUUAUGUGUAAAUUGGACAUUCAAAAUAUAAUAUCAAUAUUGUCAGCAUGUAGGUACAUACAGCCAUAUAGGUAAUAUAGGUUAAUACAUUUAAAUAAAUCGAUUGUCUAACUAUUCCAUUAACUACACCUUAAAGGCUUUAAACUCGCAGUAUUGGUCGCCAACUGAACAUAUUUAUUAUCCGAGUACUCAACUGCAUAAUUUAUUAUUCUCCGGUCACGAUUUUCGUUUGUUCAGUCGAAUAUUAAUGGUUUUUUCUUAUUAAUUAAAUUCAUAUCGUGUCCACUGUAUAGUGUUGAGUUUUGACAUAAAUUUUCUUCUAAUGCGUGUUUAAUUUAUACAAUAUUAACGAAAUACGAAUACGUUUCUUCUUGCCACGACGACGAUGGAUAUCUUCGUCGUUCUCUAAAAUUUCCCUUUUACCGUUCCGAUUCGUAGAAAUAACACAACCUACAGCUAUAUAUAUUGUACGGGAAGCAUUCGAAAUCAAAAACGACGUUUUGGUUUUUCGUAUAACAUAGUUGAUUUGCGACGAUUGAGAAACGAAACGAGUAGGUUACAAAAAGAUAACAUGAGUAUUUAUAUCUAUCUAGUAUUUAUACAUAUCUCAUCGAUGCGUGAUAAAACAAUAUGUUUAUAAGAAAUUUGCUAACAUACCUAAAUCUGUUAAAAUAGAUAAAAUAUCGAAUUAUAACAAAAGGACAGUAUAUUAUUAUGUAAUAUUUUCUGGACGAAACGAUUUUCUGUACCUCAUAUGAAUUUUUCAAAACAUCGAUCGAAAAAAUAGUUAUCAAAAUGCAUCUUUUCAUUCAAGACAUCGGCCUAAAAAUAAUAUCUAAUAUUAUGAGGUUUUAUCUCUAAAAUCAAUUUGAAGGGUAUAUGUAUUUUACUGCAUUAGGUACCUACGUUAAUAUAUUUUCGAAUAAAUCAUUAUAAUGAAACAACGGAACAACUUUUGAUUUAUUCGAUUCGAAUGGGCAUUUAUUUUUGGACUUGAUAAUAUUUUUCAUCAUCCUAUACGAAAUCCCUUGAAUACUGAAGGACGUGAUAUACAUAUUAUUAAAUAUUUUAGUGAAAUAUCCUUUCUUUUUUUUUUUUUAUAAAUAAUAAUAAUAAUAAUACAAAUAAUAAUAUUUGACCAAUAGGAAUAUAACCGUCAAGACGAGAUGGAUUGCAAACUGAGCGUUUUGGCCGUGCUGUUGGGAGUGGCCGCUGUCGUAUUGUCGGCAGACGAAAAAUCAUCAACGCCCGCCACGGAAGCCGAAGGAACAAUCAAGAUUUACCGCAGACUCAUACCGGCCGACGUUUUGAGAGGUAAAUAUCGUACUAAUAAAUAAACUACUCUUGCUCCAAUAAUCAAAUUCAGGGGUAGUUUCUAAUAGCUAUUGGCUAGUUGAUGUAUUGUACACAUUAUAGAGAAACCGUUCCUUGAUUUUUAUCAUUUUCUAUCGCGCUUAUUACCAUUUUUUAGUCUCGUCUUCAGUUUUAAAACCAAAUAGCUAGUAGGUAUCAAUAAUUGUUGCCAGAUUUCAAUUUGGAAGUAUAUCCCGAUUUUAGUGACUGUAUGGGUUUGACAGUACUUUACGAUAACAAAUAAUGACGAUACGGUUUUAAUUUUGUUCAUAUCUGGGUUAUCUCGACUACAAGAGAAAAAAACACAUCCACUAAAAAUCGUUUUUUGAUUAUAAUGGUUCACCGUCGCCUUCGGUAUAUAAACUAAUCAUUUCCCUAUACCCUGUGUAAUACCUUUCCAAGACCCGCCUACGACAGUACGUCUACGACCCAUGGCUUGAAGUAUAAGCAUAAUUAAUACCGUAUAGGCGCAGCAGUUUUUCCUAACCAUUAUUGUAAUUGUUUAUAUUUAUACGAUGACGAAACCAUAUUAUAACAUUACCAGUAUUAACAUUUAUAAAUUAUAUUAUUGGUAGGUGGUACAUUUAUUUUCGCCAUUAUCUUGAUUGUUCAACCUUGUCCCGAGCGAUUAUCUUUCAACUAUUUUUUUUCCCAAAUCUAAACCAAUUUUGACACGGUAGGUAAUAGCUAUUUUUUUCUAUUACAUAUAUGAGUAUUGUUUCCAUGUUUGGUCGACGAUAUAAAAUGUUGUCACCUGGUAGGUAUUGUAGUAAACACAGUGUAGUAUUCUGUGCGGUUAGGUCAUCGAAGGCUCGUUAGUCCAUAAUAUAAUUUUAACACAACGCCGCGACCUUAAACCAAAAACCAAGGAACUGUGACCGGCUUUCCGUACACGGCAGCAAACAAUUUUUUUAUAAUAUAUAUUAUCAUAUAGGCAUAUGCCUAGUAUAGUAAUCUCAAGAACAGAGCUGGAGUACAGAUAUUUUUUUUCACGUUGGCGUCAUGCACCCCGUGUCUGCAUAGAAAAAAUAAAUACCUAUUUAUAAAAAUGUUAAAAAAUAUGAGCGUGGUUUGUUAUACGUUUAUAACUAAUGUUAUAAUUAUUAUUGUUGCAAUAUGAUCGCGACAAUAGUUUAUAUUCUGGGUGACACGUGUUUUGUUUUUUUUCUGUCUGUGAACUAGGUAUUUCUUUACUAAAAAUUUGAUUAUAUUUCAUCAACAUCAAUUGUGGUUUGUUUGCAAAUUUUUAUUUCCCUUGGAAAACGGGAAAAUGUGUAUUAUUAAUGCCACAUUAAUUUCAAUUGUAUUGUUUUAUUGUAAUUUAGUUAGAAAUAAUCGAUAAUAGUGACUUGUAAUUUUUACAGAAUACUUUUAUAUUAGCCCUUUCUAUACGUGGUAAAACAUUUUAUCGAUUCUUGAGUAAUUAAUAGGCAUUUAUCUAGUUUUAUGUGAAUUAAUGUGUUUUGGCGAGCACAAAUGCUUAAACAUUUAGUACAAGGUUCAUCAUAUUAAGUUAUACUUAGUGUAAUAAAACACUAUGGGUUUUUUUUUUUUUAAGUUUAUGUAAAUCGUAAAAAUCCGUACAUUUUAAAAUAUGUUUAUUGUAAAACUAAAUUCCAUUCAAAAUGGGUUUUUAAUUGUGAUGCUUUAACGUUGUUUUCUGCGUAUUAACUAAAUUACCCAAUAGACCUUUAAAACAUUACACCUACAAUAGUAGCUUAUCCGUGGUGCAAAGUAUAUUCUUUUUUUUUAAUUUCCAAAUGUAUACCGAUGUCGAAGAGGGCCCUCCGGAAUCAGUUUUCACGACCAUUAACCUAAUACCUCACCACACCGCAACAAUUUAUUCUCAUUUUGCAGAUUUCCCGGGAUUAUGUUUCGCAUCGACCAAGUGCGCUACCGUGGAGCCGGGACACACGUGGGAGCUGUCACCGUUCUGUGGCCGUUCUACUUGCGUACUAGGCGAGGGCACCGAUAGACUGUUGGAGCUGGUCGAGGACUGCGGACCUAACCCGAAACCCAACCCAAAAUGCAAGGUUUCCGAGAAGACCAACAAGACGGCCGCAUUCCCAGAAUGCUGUCCAGUGUUCGACUGUGAGCCCGGCGUCAAGCUCGAGUAUCCCGAGAUCACAGUCAUCGAAAACUCUGAAUCCACCGAGGGCAGCACCACCACGACAACAGAGAAACCCAAAGCCUAAAACUUAUCGCGCCUACUUCUCAUUAUUUUAUAAUCAAUAUGAUUAACUAUUAUUAUUACUAUUAAGUUGUUUAACACAUUUAUCUAUCAUCAUUGCAAUGUUACUGAAAAAGAACAAACAAAUUUAUUUUGUGUACAAUAAUAAUUAUUAUUAUUCAGUAUAUUAAUAAUACAACAAUAUUGUAAAAUACCACCCUUAGACCUUUGUAUUUAUAAUUCGAUUGUGGACAACCAUAAAAAUAUAACUAUUGGUUUUUUUUUUUUUUUUCUAUUAUUAUUAUCAUAAUAAUAUUUUUCCUAGAAUUGUUCAAUUUCUGCUGUUUUGUAGAAAAUAUUAUUUCUAUACUAGGCACAUCAAACAACAUGACAUAAUUAUUAUUAACUACUACUAUUAUUAUUAUAGUGUAUUAUUAAUAUUAUUAUUAUUACUAUUAUACUAUGUGCACAAUAUUUCAUUUGACAGUUGAUUGUAAAUAUAAAAACCAUUUUCGACAAUUUUUCUGUAAAGAUAAAUAUAUUUGUAUGCUUGUAUUGUAGUUGGGGCUAUGUAUAGUUUCGUAAAAUCAACUCUUGUCUGGACUCCAUGUGCCAGUGGUUUGAAACUAUCCAAUCGUUUAACAAAUGCCAUUACAAAUUCAAAACAAUUGUGCCCUUCUUCGUUAUAUCUAAA